GUUAAUGUUCGCCCCGCCCCGGCCGCACUGACUCAGUUUCACCAGAAACUAGAGGGGUGGAGGUGCCGGAACCCCAGAGCACCCGACACCCGGGCGGAAACGGCGGUCCGAGCAGCGCGGGACACCUGGACCGGAACUUCGGCAGGCCCGGCCCCACCCCACUCACCUGCGCAGGUAACCCUGGCCGAGGAGAGCCAGGAGGAGGCGGAGCGGGUUCGGAGCAUGUCUGGCCCUUUGUUCUGCGCCGGUGCGUGUGUCAGGGUCGCUAGCACCCUCGGAGCCCAGAGGCCCGCUCUGUGAAGGUGACCCCGGUGGGGAGGAGGGCGACGAUCCCCGGGACGACGAUGGCCGGGGGCCGCCUCUCCCGGGCCCGCAUCCCAGCGGUCGCCGUGUGGCUUCUCUGCGCGCUCGCCCUCCGGGGCGCCGAGGCCGGGCCGCCGCCGGUGACCCCCGGUCUGCUCACGGCCGACGGCUGCCUGAACCGCUUUACCCCCGGGGUGCCUGAUUUCGUGCUCGACACGGACGCCUCGGUCAGAAACGGGGCCACCUUCCUGCGCUCCCUCACCGCGCGCCGCGGCCGGGACUGCGUGCACGCCUGCUGCAGCUCCAACGACUGCAAUCUGGCGCUGGUGGAAUUGCAGCCCGACGGCGGGGAGGACGCCAUCGUCUCCUGCUUCCUCAUCAACUGCCUCUACGAGCAGAACUUCGUGUGCAAGUUCGCGCCCAGGGAGGGUUUCAUCAACUACCUCACGCGGGAGGUUUACCGCUCCUACCGCGAGCUGCGGACCCAGGGCUUUAGAGGGUCCCGGAUCCCCAAGGCCUGGGACGGUACAGACUUGAAGGUACAGCCCCAGGAGCCCCUAGUGCUGAAGGAUGUGGAGACCACAGACUGGCGUCUGCUGCGGGGGGACACAGACAUCAGGGUCGAGAGGAGUGGUCCAGACCAGGUGGAGCUGUGGGGACUCAAAGAAGGCAGCUACCUGUUCCAGCUGACGGCGGCCCGUUCAGACCAGCCAGAGAGCACGUCCAAUGUCACGGUCACUGUGCUGUCCCCUGAGCAGACGGAAGAAUACUGCCUUGCACCCAGGAAGGUGGGCCGCUGUCGUGGUUCCUUCCCCCGCUGGUACUACGACCCCACAGAACGGAUCUGCAAGAGUUUCGUUUAUGGAGGUUGCCUGGGCAACAAGAACAACUACCUUCGGGAAGAAGAGUGCAAGCUUGCCUGCCAUAAUGUGCAAGGUCCCUCAGCAGAAAGGCAUCAUCCAGUGUGUUCUGGCAGCUGCCACUCCAGCAAGUUCCGCUGUGGUGAUGGCUGCUGCAUCGACAGCUUCCUGGAGUGUGACGACACUCCUGACUGCCCCGACGCCUCCGAUGAGGCCACCUGUGAGAAAUACACCAGAGACUUCGAUAAACUCCAGAGGAUCCAUUUCCCCAGGGACAAAGGGCACUGUGUAGACCUGCCAGACACGGGCCUCUGCUCAGAGAGCAUCCCCCGCUGGUACUACAACCCCUUCACUGAACACUGCGCCCGCUUUACCUAUGGCGGUUGUUAUGGCAACAAGAACAACUUUGAGGAGGAGGAGCAGUGCCUUGAGUCCUGUCGCGGCAUCUCCAAGAAGGAUGUGUUUGGUCUGCGGCGGGAAAGCCCCGUUGUUCCCAGCACAGGCUCCGUAGAGGUGGCCAUUGCAGUGUUCCUGGGUACCUGCAUCGUGGUGGUGGUCGCCAUUCUGGGCUACUGCUUCUUCAAGAACCAGAAAAAGGACUUCCACAGACACCGCCACCCCCCACCUUCCACCCCCACCAGCUCCAAGGUCUCCACCACUGAUGACAUGGAACACCUGGUCUAUUACCAAACAACUAGACCCCUCUGAGCCUGGGCCUCUCCAGGGCUCUCGCCAUCUCUCACCUGGCCCUGCUUCCUAGCCAAGACGGAGGCCUGGGCUGGGCAAAGACUUCGGGACCAGACUUCUCCAGCCUGUUUCCCAGGGCUGUUCUGCCUCCAAAGCCAGGGCUCCAGCUCCUCUUGGAGGAGUCUCAGCUAAGUCCAGGCUACUUGUUCCUGAGAAAGCUCACAGGUCUGCAAGGAGCAGAAAACCUUUGAGCCAGGAAUCCUAAAGAAAUGGACCUCUCCACGUAAGAUUUCAGAGGAAGUUGGAGUUUUGCUUCCUGUUCCAAGCUACCUGCCCCUAUCCCAUGACCUUGGGAGGGGGCCUGGGACAGCCUCAGAGGCUGGAGGCCCCAACCAUUUCCUCCACAGCUGGCCCUCCCACUCUGUAAAGUCCAGGGCUGUGGUGGGGGGUGGUCUGGGGGGAAGGACUUCCCUGUAUAUUUUGUGUUGUACAGAGUUCCUUUUUGUUUAUUUAAUGCUGUGGGGGGUGGGUGAGAGGAGUAGGAAGUGGCUCUCUGGCCCCACCUCUUCCCCUGCCCCCCAUAGUAAGCCCCAAGCCAGCCCGGCCUGCACAUGGAGCCAGAUCCUCCGCACCCACUGGGGCUCCCUUGCUUCCACAGGCCAGAGUCCACUCAGUGGAAUAAAGUGAUUUAUUCUGUGA